AUGUCUAUUCACUUAAUGUUAGCUAUUGUCACACAUGAAGAUAUGGAGCUUGAGCAACUAGAUGUAAAGAUGAUAUUCCUUCAUGGAGAUUCAGAGGAGAUUAUUUACAUGUAGUAGUCGGAGGGUUUCAUUAUACAAGGGUCAAAACAUCUUAUUUGUCAACUACAUAAAUCUUUUUCUAGGUUGAAGUAAGCAUCAAGGUAAUGAUAUAAGAAGUUUGACUCUUAUAUGUUGAAGAUUAAUUAUACAAUGUGUGAUUUUGACUAUUAUAUUUAUAUGAAGACUUGUAAUGAUAGUUCUCUAAUUAUUUAAAUAUUCUAUAUUUAUGAUAUGCUCAUUACUUCAAAAAAUUCAUAUGAGAUUAUUAGAUUAAAGUCACUAUCAAGAAAUGAAUUUGACAUGAUGAAUCUUGGUGUGGUAAAGAAGAUUUUUGAUAUGAAGAUCUAUAGAAACCAAGAGUUAGGUCACUUAUGGUUGACUUAGAGGAGCUAUCUUUUGAAGGUGGUGGAUAUAUUUGAUAUGAGUAAUAUUUAAAUAAUGAGCAUUCAUCUAGUUACUCAUUUUAGAUUAUCUACUACUCACCGUCUAACAUCUAAAGAAGAUAUUAAUGAGAUGAAGUAAAUUUUUUAUGUUAGUAUAGUUAGCUCUCUCAUAUACAUGAGAUGAAGAUAUUCAUCUAUACUAGAUUAGAUAUUGCUCAUAUAGUUGGGCUUGUGAGUAGUUUAUAAGCAAUCUAGAAAAUGAGCAUUGGAGUGCAGUGAAAUGAAUUAUCCGAUAUCUAAAAGGUUCUUUAGAUUUCAUAAUCCAUUUUGAUCGACAAAGUUGUCUUUUUGUUGUUGAUUUUUUUUAUGCAUAUUUUGUCUGGGAUAUAUAUCAUCGAAGAUCUACGAUAAGAUAUAUUUUUAUCGUGGCUGGUGGACCUAUCAACUAGAAGUUUACACUUCAUACUAUUACUAUAUUAUUUAUAACUAAGACAUAGUACAUAGCAGCAACUGAAAUAGCCAAAGAGGUCUUAUAGUUGAAGAAAUUAUUAAGUGAACUUGAGAUCCGACAUAGUGUAGUUUAUAUAUAUUAUGAUAGUCAAAGUGCUAUUUGCUUAGUAAAAAAUCAAUUCUGUCAUGCACAAUCAAAGCAUAUUGAUAUACAAUAUCACAAGAUCUAUGAGUUGGUGAAUUCUAGAUAUAUCUCUUUAGAAAAAGUUCACAUGGAAGAAAAUGUUAUAGAUAUAUUGACGAAAGUUGUCACAUUAGAGAAGUUCAGAUAUUGUUUGAAUCUAACUCAUGUUGUAAGUACCUUACAAAAGGUGAAGAACUUGUAACAUGGAUAGAUGUUGACUUCAAGUGCAACGAUGAUGGCUGUCAGGAUAAAGUUUGUUGGUAGUGUCAAUCCAUCUCGGCUGACUUAUUCGGGAGAUGUGCAAAAUAACCUCUCAUGUCUCAACCAUUUGACAGAUGUGAGAGAGACCUCUCUUGUCUAACUUGCUCAAAAGGCAUGCGAGGAAUGAGGGGAUGGUGACAGAGUGGUCAUGCCAACCCUUAUGACUUCUUCCGGGGGUCGUGUAAGGAGAGAAAGAUGGUGGUUACAAGCAUCACAUUCAAGAUGAGUGGACUUGGCUGCAUGUAGAUCGAGAUAUUUCUUUUUAGGAACUGAUUAUCUUUUUUUAUUUUCUAUAAAUAAUACAUGUAUUUCUCUUUUUUGAAUAUGAUGGACAACUAUCUCUCUUGAUUCUAUUCUUUUUUUCCAUCAAUUGUAUUCCUCUUUUGGUAUCUUCUCUCUUCUAGUGAAAGUAAAGUCUUUAUAAAAGGAGAUAAAAGUUCUUAUUGACUCUCUAGUGUGUGAGUCAUGUCGAGGGCAUUGAGACGUAAAUUAGAAGUGCUUGUUGAAAGCCUUGUUCUCAUCAGAAUUCUUGAUAUCUAGAUGAUUUCUCUUUUAUUUGUUCUCAUUGAUAUUUAGAAAUUAGGUUUCCACUGUUAUUAUGAUCUUGUGCUUACAUAUUUUCUCUUAAAAAAAAAAGAUAAAUACAUAACUCAUGCCGGUGGUAUUACUAAAAAACCAUCUUCUAAUUAUUCUUUUUCCCUUGUUCUCCUUAAUUUGCUCAUGUUUAUUAAUUUGCAGAAUUUACAUCUAUUACAGUUGAUUCUGUCUCUACAUCUUUUCUUCCCCUCUCCCCCGUCAGCUCUGGGCACCCAUCACCCUCACGUCGAAUCCAACCUAUAUCGCCCUCAAUGUGUUUGGGCUCACUUUGGUUGCCAAGCUCAAGGAAGAGAAAUUCAUCCAGAGAUCUGGACUUAACUAUACCAUUGUAAGACCCGGCGGCCUGAGAGACGACUCUCCAAGCGGAAACCUGGUCAUGGAGCCGGAGAUAGCAACCCACCCACCCCCUCUCCACAAUUCCACUACACUUUUCAGUUCUGGACUGUCUGGUCCUGUUCUUGCCGCCCACCUGUUCAGGAUACUCUGUUCCAAGGCUCGAUAUUGAGAGACCAGGUGGCGGAAUUUGCAGUGGGAGCUCUCCUCUGCUCCGAGUCCUCCUUCAAGGUUGUCGAGAUCGUCGCUCGCAGAUAA